AUGAAAUUGCUCUUGUGUUCAGUAACAUCAAGGGCACCGUUCUCGGAGACCAUUUUGGAACCAGCUAUUGAUAAAACCAGUUUCGACAUUUGCCACGAAAAGUAUGGUCCAAGAAGCAUGGAUCAAUCUUACAGGGCUAUGAGCACAACAAAAAAUGACACAAAGAUAAAUUUGAAGAUUAUCAUCGACAAAUCUAAUAGUAGGGCAUUGUACAUAGAAGCAAAAGAGGAUUUUGUUGAUCUUAUUGGUAGUUUCCUAACAUUUCCACUUGGUUAUGUCUUUGAAAAAUUUUCAUGUUUGUCCUUGAGGGGAUGCUUGGGUAAUCUGUACAAGAACAUCCAAGAUUUUGACAUUGAGGUAUUCUUUAAAUCUGAGGAGAUGAAGUCGAUUUUGGUCAAUCCAAAGCUGGCCCAUGGUCUUGCUUUGGAUAAGCAGCUCAUUCCCAAUGAGGAAGCUGCAUAUCCAUCUUACUCUACUAUUUCUUCCCUUUGUAAUGUCUCUUGCGUGCUACCGAAGUCCAAUCCAGAGGAAACAAUAAUUGGCAACGGAUUCAUUACGAGACAUUCCAUGUUCUUGGUGACAGAUGAUUUCACCAUUAUGCCUUUAUCAUCAUUCUCAGGCAUAUCUUUUAUUGACAGAUUGAAUAUUCCUCUUAGUGACAUCAUAGAGAAAGAAGUGACCAUGGGUGAGGAGGAGGCUUUGCGUUUAUUGGAAGCUGCUUUGGUGUCAAAAACUACUCUGACUGAUGUUUUUAUACUUAACGAAUCAAAGCUAAAGCUCCAUGAAAAUUCAGACGGUUGA